AUGGUAACAUCCACCCCCACUAAACAGCUUCAGCAUUUCAUCUUGAAUACAACUAAUAAAGAUUUACUUAACUUUUCCUUUGAAAUUUUCGUUUUCCUAUCUCCUAGCUUUCUUAGGGGUUUUGCUUUGCUGACUUCUGCUAUAUUGACGGUAAAAAAAGAACCAAAAGAUUCUUACACACAAUAG